AUGAUUGCACAAACUACUACAAGAUUAGCCGCUACUGCAAAUGCAACAAGGUCAUUGGUGGUAAAGGGAAUAACGAAGCCCGUUAGGAACUACGCUGCAGUGUUUAAGUAUUCACCAGGAAAUUCUUUCUCUUCUUUCAAAGAAUACAGAGAAGUUGCCAAAAGUUACGGCCCUUUAAGUGCUGCAUUAGCGACAAAGAGAAAAUUAGCUAAUGUUUCAACCAUCUAA